AGUUUAUGAACCGUAGUGUCUAAACAACCACUUUACUAUCCUAAGACUUUUUUUUGGAUGAUUGAGUUUAAAUCUCUUUAUUUGAGGUUUUGAGUUUGAAUUCAUCUCUCAAAUUUUUUCAAAAAGAUUUUGUGAUUCUACCAACCGACGGGAGGGCAAAUCUUUAUAGUUGCAUGAUGUGAAUACCCAUUUUUUAUAUAUAAAAAAUAGAAUCAUUCCACCAAUUAGCAUUUAACAUGUUUGCACGUAUAGGAUACUUUGAAAUUUUUAAUUAAGGGUGUGGAGUAGCUCUUACUCUUAAGUCUAAAUUAACAACAACUAUCCAAACCAAACCCACCAUAAAUCACGCCCAAAAUUCCACACCACAAAACUUGGUCAACAAAGCCAUCAAUAUGGUUAUCAAAGUCGUGCUCCACUCAAAUAUCCAUUGGUUCUUUUGUAUCCAAUUUUCCAUACCAAAAUCACCAACACCCUCAAAAACUCAAAAGUAGUUAGAUUAGGUAGUUUCGCACCUAUUUCAGACCAGUUUUUAAAACAUAAGUACACACCACAAAAAACACCAACAACUAAACAUUUUAUUCAUCUCCUCACAAUGUCUUUAUGGCUCUCUAACUUCUUCCGUUUACACUUCACAACACCAUGGCCUAUACUUACCUAUGCAACCACUUGGAUAGCACUAUUAACCUUAACGGUUGCAGUAGCGUCAAUUGCGCCGCAGGUGACGUUUGUUUCAGCCAUAUCUCCUUCCUCUUCGUUCUCUCAGAAGUGUAGAAAUGAUGGGCUCAUCAGAAUGCCAUUGGAUGUUCCUGGAGAGAUUCUAUGUUUUCCUUCUCAUUUGUUUGUGAAGUCUAAGCUUGAUCUAAUUGUUCCACCAAUCUUUGCUGCGUUGAUUGUAGCAGCUUCUACUUGUGUGGUGAGAGCUGUGGGAUUGUUUGUGGGAGCAUGAUCUAACUCUUGAGACUUCGAAUUCUUUUUGACCGGAGAGAAAAUGAAAGUGAUCGAAUAUAACUUGCAUGUAUCGGGAUCGUGUUAGUGUGUGUCUAACACACUUUUUGUCAAAGACAAUAUGUUUUCCCUUUUGGGGCUACAUCUUUUAGUCUUAGUGAGUCUCUGAAUCCAAUUCACCGAAAUUUUGUUACAAAUUAAUGAUACUGAGAAUUUUCGCUAUGUCAACAUAGGUAUCAUUGGCCUUUGUAAAUCCAAUCAAUGAAAUUUAUGUAAUAUUGUAAAUAGAUUACAAAAUUAUAAAGUAGUUUUCAAAGUUCUCAUUGCUGAAA